AUGGACCGCAUUCAGAAGGCUGUGGACGCACACGUCCGCCAUAGGUACCCUCUGAUGGUGUCCGAUCUCACCAAGCCCGAGAUGAAGUUGCUAAUUUGGGUGCUGAACAUAGACAACACUCAAGACUUCCUGCCCCGACUCCCAGAGGCAGAGCGCAUCAAGCACGCCAUCGCGACUCUGCCCCAGGUCAUGCGCAGACACUCCUUGGUCCUUCGUGUCGUGUCCAAGGGCCGCAGGCGGGCGCGGAUGCUCUGCGGGCCCCAUAGCGACCUCAACCCCUUCGUCGUCCACCACAUCUUCGAGCUCUUGGACGUCGAGAUCGUCGAGCAUCUGUGGAAGCUAGAGCGUUGUAUUGACCUGCUCGAGCCGAGCAUCCGCGAGAUCAUCAACGAGCUGCAGGCCAUGCGUGGCAUGUGGUGGCUGCCUGACGACCAAUUGAUCCCCGCUCCCGACAACACUAUCUUCCAACGCAACCGCUGCGAGGCCUGUAUCCUGGCCCGGGUUGUGGACGAGCCCAUGUACCUGCAGAACCUGCGAACGGCCUUGUUGGCUCGCUCCACGCUUAAGCGGGCGCCCCGACUACUCUCCUUCGUGGAAGAGGCGAUGAACACUCACGCCAACCUGACCUCCACCUUGUUCUAUAUGAGCGGCCAGCUGGCCUUUGAUAUGAAGGCGGCGCGCAAGGAGGCGGAGGACCAGUGGUGCAUGUCCAAGAGCCGCGAGGAGAUCGAGGCCCUGGGAGCCCUGGCGAAGAAGCGUGAGAAGGAACUCCAAGAGAUGCAGCGCAGAAAUAUCGACUCCAAGCUGCAGGAAAUCCGCGUCUACAUGGACCCUGAAUCGGAUGAGGGCCAAGAGGUCCUGCAGGCCGAGUCUUCUAAGGGCAGUGAUGGCGCUGGUUCUGCGAGAAGGCCACAGGACGGUGAUGAUCCUCUUGUUGAUGAGAUUUCUGCAGCUUACUCUGCGUUGUCAACUGCUGACGACGAGCUCCCGCCCGACCGAGACGCUUAUCCUGAAUCCCGGUUUACCGCGACGCCGUCUGAGUACGCCUCUGUUUGUGGUGCCAGCGAGCUUUCGGUUGCCCCUGUAGCCCCGUUGUCCAUCCAGAAGAACAAGCCACUGCCUCCUCUUCCUAGAACGCCCCUGCCCAUGGACUCUGACUUCUCCAGUGCGGGACCAGCCACCCCAUCGAGCGCAGACAAGGGCAAGGGACGAGUGUCAGAUGCUACCGAACCCAAGCAGCGCGGCGGUUAG